CGCGGGCCUGAGCUGCGCGGGAAGCCGCCCGCGGCCUACCCGCGGCCUUCCGCCCGCCAUGGAGGACGAGCUGUACCUCGAGAACAUCGACGAGUUCGUCACCGACCAGAACCGCAUCGUAACAUACAAAUGGCUGAGCUAUACCCUGGGGGUUCAUGUCAACCAGGCUAAACAGAUGCUCUAUGAUUAUGUGGAGAGGAAACGAAAGGAGAAUUCAGGAGCUCAGCUUCACGUCACCUACUUAAUAGCUGGAAAUCUCAUCCAGAACGGACAUGUGUGCCACAAGGUUGCAGUAGUGAGAGAGGACCAACUCGAAGCAAUGAAGUCUAAACUAUCCACAAUUGCAAGCGUGCAUGUCUACAGCAUUCAGAAAGCUCUGCUCAAGGACAGUGGACCCCUCUACAACACAGACUAUGAUAUUGUCAAAACAAACCUGCACAACUGCAGCAAGUUUAGUGCCAUUCGAUGUGAUGCUGCAGUCCCCAGGCCAGUGGUUGAAGCUGCUCCAGCGCAGACGUCUGUGCAGGAUGGUUCCCAGACCAAAAGUGACAGGAAUGCUGCCAGUGUCCCUGCAGUCAAUGGCCAUGGACCAUCGAGUGCUAAACCAACCACACAGCAGCCCAAAGGGAUCAUGGGAAUGUUUGCAGCAAAAGCAGCUUCCAAAUCCCAGGACACAAAUAAAGAAACUAAAGUGGAGUCUAAGGAGGCCCCAAGUGUGUCUGCAACGAGCAGCAAACCACCAGCAAAGGGCAACAUAAUGAACAACUUCUUUGGAAAAGCUGCCAUGAAUAAACUCAGAGUCAACUCUGUGCCUGAGCAGCCAAAGGAAGAGAAGGAAGUAAUCAAGCCUUCGGUUCCUGAAGCACAACCAGAGUCAUCCCUUAAUACUGUUGUAGAGAAGCCUGGCAAGAAAACAGAACCUGCUAGAAGUCAACAGAAGGACAAAAAAAGUAAAAUGAAGAGGGUGGACAAGUCCGAUGAUGAGGAAGAAAGAGAACCUGAAAAUGUAAAGAAGAAAAGGAAGCGAAUCAAACAGCUUCAGUCUGACAGCAGUGAUGAGGAAGCAGGUAUCCCACCAUCUCCUACACCUGAGGAAGAGAAAGCUCCAUCUCCACCUCCCGUACCUGCCCUAAAAACUGAACUGGAGCCUGCAUCCACAGAGGUUUCAGCUGGAGGGAGGAAGAGGAAACGGAAGCGUGUGCUGAAAUCCAAGAUGUUCAUUGAUGAUGAGGAAGGCUGCAUGGUGACUGAGAAGGUUUAUGAGAGCGAGUCCUGCACAGAUAGUGAUGAUGACUUCAAGACCAAGCCACCAGCUGCACCCAAACAGCCUGUGCUGCCUCUGAAGAGAGAACCAAAGGAAGAAAGGAAGAAUGUGAAGAAAGGAGCGGCUGGUGCCAGCAGAGCCAACAAACAGGCCUCCAUCAUGGGCUUUUUCCAGAAGAAAUGAACUGGGUCUUUCUCCUGGUCCUUUUGGGACCGUUGCUCUUCUUGUGCAGCGUUCUGCAAGCUGCUGCAUGGGAGGAGGACAACAUGCAAUCUUCACUUACGUAAGAUAUCUUGCUUACUGUGUAAGUAAGCCCUCUGGACUAGAUUUGGUAUGAGAGAAAAGCGUAAUUCCUGACUGUAAUAACUUGAAUCCUCUUUAUGGCAUGUGGGAAGCACCAGUUAGAAGCAAAAUCUAGAGGAACUCUUGAAAGACUCCCCAUUUAUCCCAUUAAAAUCUUUUUUAAUAUGGCCUUUUACCUGCUUGGUGCUGAGGCCUCUUCCACGGUGGAACAAAACAAAGAGUUGAGUUGUUGCAUUCUUUUCCCCCUUCUUUUUACACCCCCAGUUCUCCAGAUUGAUGUAAAUGGUCACAUUGGUUUGAAGCUGUAACGUAACCGGUCUUGAGACAUACACACAAAUAUUGAACAUCUGCUUCAGCUUUAACUGAAUGAAAUGAACUUGAUUUUCCCCCAAAGACUGGUAAAUAGUUUUUGCUCUGCCUUUCAUAAUCUUUUUUUGGACAAAGCAGCCCAUAUAAAACUCUCUUACUCUUUUCUUCCUUGAACGCAUCCUCUGUAAACUGCUCAGAUGCCUAAUUAUAGACCCGGGACACUGUUGGUGCUCUGUGUCUGCAAAAACAUCUCUGAGGCUUCCCACCCAACUGGCUCCGGAGUAAUUUGGGGGAAGGCUUUGCUGUUAUUGGGAAAGCAACUGUAUCCUUAACCUUGGAAGUUAAGGAGUCAAAGGGAAGGGGGAUCAGAGGGCACUGCUGAUAACACCGCUCAGGUGUGUUGUCCAUGAAGAAUUCCUGCUUUUGGGUUUUGUAGGGUUUGGGUUGUCUGAACUGUGUUUUUCCAGGCAUAAUCUAGACACCAGGAGAGUUGUUUCCUAGGACAUCUCGUCCUCUGUCUGCUGAGGGAAGUGUGUCACAGCAAAUGGUGCUGAGGAACCAGUGACUGGAGAUGAAUAAAGCACUGCAGGCCACUAAAUCAGAAAUGAGGUGCCAGUUUGGAUGCUUUCUGGUGCUAAAUGUGGUAGAUCCAUAGAAAAGAGCAGGGUUCCCAGAGGUGGGUGCUGAGCAUUUCUGAACCUGGGCCUUUGAGGACCCCAAAUGGGUGACUGAUGUCAUCAGUGGUUGUUUCCAACACGUCUGGAUAUGUAUGUACAUCCUGGUUUAUAAAGAGUUUGUGGUUGGCAGAAAGCUACCUAAAGCCUGAAGAGUGUCACCAAGGAAGAAAUGUCUUCAGCCACCCCACUGCAAUCCAAUGUUUGGCCAGGAAAAGCUGUUUACAGUCACUCUGACCAGGAGAUCAGGUUAGUGCCUCUGAAUUUGAAAGCACACGCUCCUAAUAGUGACCACCAGUUGCCUUGCUGGAAGUCACAUCACCCUGUGCCAUCAGGGCACGUGAGAGGAUCUCCUUCAAACACCUACAAGCAGCAGUGUCUCUGUGUGCCUGUGGGUGUCCAGACUGGGGGGUUUCAGGUGCUUGACACAUGGAUCACUGCUUGACAGGGCUGUUUGAGGGCACCCUCAACCCCUUCCCCGUUAGAAACAGUAAGAACUUAAACUCUGGUCUUAAAUUCUGGACCUUCUGAAUUGGAGAUGUGUAGGAAAAAGGCUGGGAAGAUGAGGGAAGCCACAAAUGACACGGUACUCCCAGCCACCCAAACACAGAGCCUGCUGCACAAGCUCAAAGAGGUUUCAUGCUCUCAAGGUGUGUCAGCCUAAGUCAGCUCUCCAGGUUGGAGUGACGUGAGCAGCAGAGGUCCAUGUGGAAAGAAUGAGCCACCUUGUUCUGCCUUUUAUGAAGGGAAUUUAACUGUUAACCACACUGCUGCAGUGUUCCUGGGGUUUUUUUUUGCUGGAAUGGAGGGUGUAUUUUGAAAAGUAAUAAGUAACAAACCCAUUAAAGACAUUUUUCUUUUGUUCUU